GCAUUUUUUGACGGGGGCUUAAAAUAGUCCCUCUUGAGUUGUGUUUUUGUGUUUGUUUUACAUUUGGGGCUUUUGAACCUAAUGGACUAAAUGCACCGAUAAGUUUCCCGGAGGAAGAGAAAGAAGACAAACAAAAGAACACAAAAGAAACUGAAAGAAAACUGAUUAAAGGUGGGAGGAAAAAAGCAAAUGAAAAUGUUGGAGAUCUGCCUGAAAUUGGUGGGCUGUAAAUCUAAGAAAGGCCUCUCGUCGUCCUCCAGCUGCUACUUGGAAGAGGUUUUUCAGAGGCCUGGUUUCGAGGCCCAGAGCUUGACAGAGGCAGCACGCUGGAACUCCAAAGAGAACCUACUGACUGGUGCCGGCGAGAAUGACCCCAACGUGUUUGUGGCGUUGUACGAUUUUGUGGCCAGUGGAGACAACACACUCAGCAUUACUAAAGGAGAGAAGCUAAGAGUCUUGGGCUACAACCACAAUGGCGAGUGGUGCGAGGCACGGACCAGGAAUGGCCAAGGCUGGGUGCCCAGCAACUACAUCACCCCCGUCAACAGCCUGGAGAAGCACAGCUGGUACCACGGGCCCGUGUCGCGCAACGCGGCCGAGUACCUGCUCAGCAGCGGCAUCAACGGCAGCUUCCUGGUGCGGGAGAGCGAGAGCAGCCCGGGCCAGAGGUCCAUCUCGCUGCGCUACGAGGGCCGCGUGUACCACUACCGCAUCAACACUGCCUCCGAUGGCAAGCUGUACGUUUCCUCUGACAGUCGCUUCAGCACGUUAGCCGAGCUGGUGCACCACCAUUCAACAGUGUCGGACGGCCUUAUCACCACUCUGCACUACCCAGCGCCCAAGCGCAACAAACCGACCGUCUACGGUGUCUCGCCCAGCUAUGACAAGUGGGAGAUGGAGCGUACCGACAUCACCAUGAAGCACAAGCUGGGUGGUGGCCAAUAUGGCGAGGUCUACGAAGGCAUGUGGAAGAAAUACAACCUCACCGUGGCUGUCAAAACCCUAAAGGAGGACACAAUGGAGCUGGAGGAGUUUCUGAAGGAGGCGGCCGUCAUGAAGGAGAUAAAGCACCCAAACCUGGUGCAGCUGCUGGGUGUGUGCACUAGGGAGCCUCCUUUCUACAUCAUCACAGAGUUCAUGACUCACGGGAACCUGCUGGACUACCUGCGGGAGUGUAACCGUGAGGAGGUUAACGCCGUGGUGCUGCUCUACAUGGCUACACAGAUCUCUUCUGCCAUGGAGUACCUGGAGAGAAAGAACUUCAUACACAGAGACUUGGCAGCCCGGAACUGCCUGGUAGGGGAGAACCACCUUGUGAAGGUGGCAGACUUCGGGCUGAGCCGGCUAAUGACAGGAGACACCUACACCGCCCACGCCGGUGCCAAGUUCCCAAUCAAGUGGACCGCCCCCGAGAGCCUGGCCUAUAACAAGUUCUCCAUCAAAUCUGACGUGUGGGCCUUUGGAGUCCUAUUGUGGGAGAUAGCCACCUAUGGGAUGUCUCCGUACCCAGGCAUCGACUUAUCACAGGUGUACGACCUCCUGGAGAAGGAGUACCGCAUGGACCGUCCGGAGGGCUGCCCGGAGGAGGUGUACGAGCUGAUGAGGGCAUGCUGGAAAUGGACUCCCGCAGAGCGACCGUCCUUUGCUGAAAUCCACCAAGCUUUUGAAACCAUGUUCCAAGAAUCCAGCAUCUCAGAUGAAGUGGAGAAGGAGCUGGAGAGGAGGGGCAUUGAGCUGGAUUUGACCUCCAUGCUGCUGGUCCCCCAGUUACCCACCAAAACCAGGACACUGCGCAGGAAUGGAGACAGCAGGGAUGGUGAUGGUCCAGACGUGGGGGAGCCAGAGGGAGCCACGUCCCCCUCGAUGCUCAGGAGAGAGAGGCCGUUCCCGGACGGCGGCCUGAACGAGGAUGGUCGUCCACUGCUUCGGGAUCGGGACCGCUCCAGAACGGGCCUCUUCAACCUCAUCAAGAAGAGAAAGAAGCCUGCCCCGACCCCGCCCAAACGCAGCAGCUCCUUCCGAGAGACAGACCCGCGCGGGGAACGCAAGGGACCGGCGGAGGGCUGUGGGUCGGGGGACCUCAAGGAUGACCUCGGCUCUGAGACCGUCAAGUCACCAGGCAGCAAUAACAAUGCCACAGGGUCCAACGGAACAUCCACCUACCCCGGACCCCCAGGGGCCCUCUCUCUGCACACCAGAAAAAAGGCUGCGCCUGCAGCAUCUGGUACUGGAGGACGGGUGGCCCUCACCUCGUUGGGAGUGGAGGACAACCCCAAACACUUCCUCUCCUCAUCACCCACCACCAUUGUGACCGUCGGGUCCCAGCGCACUGACUGGAAGUCAAUGACGUUGCCACGCGACUUGGUCCCAAGCCACUUAGACCCUGGGGUCUCUGGGGGCAGGCAUGAGAAACCCACCAUUCUCCGCAAAAGGACCAAUGAGCAGCGACCGGAGUGCCCUGCCUCGGGGACCCUCACCCUGCCAGUGCGACCACCCAAAAAAAUUGAGGAUGUAGUGGACGAGUCUAGCCCCAACCCCAGCUCCAACCCCAUAAAUCCAACGCCCAAACCAGGUCAUCAUCCACAGGCUGAGUUGCUCAAAUCGAGCGUGGUCCUGGGACUGGGGGCAGCCAAGGACAGCCGUAUCCGUAGGUCCAAGCAUGCCCUUGAGCACCUGGUGCCCAGGGACAAGGGGAAAGUCCAUGGCCAGAAACCGACUCUGCCUCCACCUUCCACAGCCAAAUCAAGAAAGACCUUCCGGAACCCCGGCCAUGACCUUCCUCUGGAAGCCAAGUCCAAAACCCUCCCCAUUACCUCUGACCUUCAUUUAGCUGGCGCGGGCUCUACCGAAUGUCCUAAGAGCCCUCAACCUUCAGAGGGGUCUAAGAGACCAAAUUCCAAGCCACAUACGUCAAGGAGCUCACCGGCUGGCCAGACCAUUGGGCAGUCCCUGCCAGGGUCACAGUCUGGACAAGGUGGCGAUCAGCCCCCCACCACAGCCUUCGCGCCCUUAAUGACCACCCGCAGGUCCCUGCGGAAGACCUGGCAGCCCCCGGAGAGGCACAGCAGCUCCGCCGUCACGCGGGAGAUGGUGCUGGAGGGUGCCGAGCAACUUCGAGCCGCUGUCGACAGGAAUUCGGGCCAGACGGGCAGCUACACUGCAGUGUUGGAGGCCGGCAAGGACCUGUCCAAGUUUUGCGCUGGCUAUGUGGAGUCCAUCCGGCAGAUGAGAAACAAGUUUGCCUUCCGGGAUGCCGUCAGCAAACUGGACAGCAGCUUGCGCGAGCUGCAAACCUGCCCCACAGCCAGCGGGGGCAGCGCUGCACAGCAAGACUUCACCAAGCUGCUGUCCUCUGUCAAAGAGAUCAGCGAUAUUGUGCAGAGGUAGCACAGGGACGCACAAGGCCUGCUCCUUGAUUGACAGAGGGGAUGCCGGUAAAGGCAGGAAUCUCUGCCAGAUCACGAGAGCAGGAGAGGUGUACAUUGAGAAAAGUGUGAACUGCCAGACCUCUUCCCAGCAGAAGUACUGGGCACAAUAUUCCAGGAACUUUUUUGGAUUGUCUGCUCAUUUUUUAAUUUUAUUUUAUUUUACUUCAAACUUCAAUGAAAAAUGCAACUAGCAUAUAUUUAGGGUGGGGGGUGUGAAGGCAAGGGCCCAAUUUUGCAUCACUUGAAUUGUGUUUUAUUAUAGAUUUACUGGUCCAUUUUGUUUUGUCACUUUAGUGUUAUUGGAUCAAAUUUGUAUCAAUGUUUUCUAACAGGUAUUCAAAACAAAGUAGCUUAAUUAAUCGUCGGAGAGAUCACUGUGCCAAUAACACAAACCUCACAUGCUGACUGCUCUUGUUUGGGGAAUACCAGUUGGCCCUUACACUAUGAUAAUGCUAUUUUGAUGAUGGUGUGUGCGGUCAUGAGAAAAAUGUGUUGCCAGUCCUUGUCAUUUUUUGAUUGACAUGUUCAUCAUUAUCUAACUGCGACACAUGAAACUAUUCUCAAACUUCCCAAGACAUGGACUCAUAGUCCACAGGCCAUGAUUCAUUUCCAUUUAACAAAAACAUUACAAAACAGUCUUAUUACUAGGGUUCAGCAGUAUCCAGAUCUUUAUGCCAUUGCACCAUCAUUAAAAACAAAAUAUAAAUAUAUAGACUUCCCCUCCUUAUCUAACCACUGGGUGGCACUGAUUACAACGGCACAUGUAGCGUUUGUAAUUUUGACCAAAGCUAUAUCGAAAUUGAAAGCUGCAAUCUAAAACGAUAAGAUUGCAUGAACAAACUCAUGAUACAGGUCUUCACCCAAAAUCAUAUUGCAAAUGAAAUUUGUCUGGCAUAUUAAGAUGGAGAAUGUAGUUCUACCAAGGAUUCAUAAUUAACUUGCAUUGGCAGAGUCAAUGUUAUUGUAAACAUAUGAAAAAAAGGUUCACUCUUGGAGUGGUGCUACUUUAAAUAAAUAGCUUGAUGAUACAGUUGGGUGACCUUUAUGGAAUACCAUGUUGCACAGUGUGGUUACUUGAACUUCAGUGAUCUUUGUCCGUAAGACAAUCAACUUUGGGUUUUAUACAAAUUCUUUGGAUAAGCUUUUUUAUUUCUACAUGAUAGCUUUAUGGUAUCCCACCCACAAAAUGUUGCCUUACAUUCCCUUCCCCUCAUUGGCUAACUGAAAAACAUUUGUACUCGAUUCACUGCAUUUAAGGAACGCGUAUUAAUGCACAUGCUCUAAAAAUGGUGCUAUAAUGGUUUGAAUGGUAUUGAAAUGACACAGUGGGUAUUUUUACAUUAUAUGGUAUUACUGGAUAUCGACCCAACCCUAAUUGUCACCAGCAGCAAGCAUAUUAAUGAUGCCCUGUUUAACUCAUUAUAGUUACAGUUUGUUUGCUGCAGGUACAUUAUGGGAUGCCUGUUAUCUUUAGGAAGUCUCUGUGCUUAAGGAACAUUUGGUAUAUUUACAGAGAGAAAACAUAUGGCUACCACAGCCUGUCUGUCUCAGAAUACGAUCAUUCAAAAGGUUAGGUUUGGAUGACAAUGAAACCAUGGUUUAAAGACAAAGGAUUUCUUUAGGGUUAAUGUAAUGGUGCUAAUGCUAGCAGAGGUCUUCCCUUUGGAAAUUAUACCCCGGACUGUUGUGAUGUGCUAAUAAGUGAAGUAUACACAUAAAGGCAGUCCAAUUAAGAUCAACUGCAUGCAAAGUAUGUAAUUAUUCCAAAAGCAGUUGUAGUGGGCUACAUGUAUGCAUGAUUGCUUUAGAAGCCAUUAACACUGUGAAAAUUAAGCCUGUAAUCUGAAUGAUGAAGACUGAACUGUGUCGGACUACAGGAAUAAAAAGAUACUUACAUUAGGAGCACCACUUUCAGCAGGGAGAUUGGAGAAGAACCGGGAGACUGCAUCAUCAAACCAUGAUGUUUGGACAGAAACAUGUAAAUGUAUUUUUUUAUUUUUCCUAUUCAUAAUGUACAGUACUUCGAAAAUAUUUGAGUAUUGGAUAGCCUUACUAGCUGAAUUCUUGACCGAAAAACCAUAAGAUAUGAAUUACAUAUAGGAAAAUAUGCAAUACAGUAUUUGCAAAAUCAACUGAAAUGCCACUUUGUUGUGUGUUUUGCUUUUUUGUUGCUUUUUUCUUUUCAGCAUUGCCAUGUGAUUGCUGUGAUUUUUACUGUAUUUGGCCACUUUGCUUCUAGUCCUCUUUGAGUUGGAUUUUUCCCCUUCUCAAACUUUUUAGAAACAAAUACUUUUUAGAUAUGUAUUUAAUGCACUCCCCCAUGGAUAUAUUUCCCUUAUGGUGCAAUUCUUGUUUGAUGCAAAUACAAAGCUAUUAUGUUACUUGAACCAAAUCGGUACAUGUUUUUAUUUGUUUAGAUUUGGUUGUUUGAUUUUCAUUCCCUUAUCUAUGUACAUUUUAAAGCACUGUUGUUUUUGCAGAUACUUUGUCUAGUCAUUCGCAGACUGUCAUGAAAUAAAAUUGUUAUUGGUAACCAUUUUCA